AUGAAUGGGAAAGAGGCCAACAAAUCAGGUGUCUCUCCAACGUCCGGGUCUCAAUACAUUUUGGGGACAUCAAUUUCGCCAUCAACGCAUCAGGCUGCAUUGCCUCGAAUAGCCCUAGAAUGGGGCUCCCCUACGCUGAGAUCGUUGCCUUCCCCUCCCGUCGUUCUUAUUACAAAUUCGGAUUGUGCUGCAUGGCCAAAGUUUAAGCUUGAUCAGCUGUUUGUCGAAUGGCUCGCACGCCCAGAAUCGCGGAAAUGGCUCAUGGGGCUCCUGGAUGAUGUCCGGGCAGGCAAGACCCCAGACAUUGGAGCAGAACAGACAAGUCGUAUAAUGCGGACGGAGCGCUCUUUAUCCCCGAGUCUAUCUCGAUCACCAUCGGCCGCAGCACCUUCAGGUCUUGCUGCAUCUUCCCAGCAAGCUCCAGGUUCGCCCGUCUCCCGCCUUUUUCGAAAUCAUAUUCCAUUUGGAGACUCAGAUUCAUCUCCACAUUCACCUCCAAAUGCGCCACCCGGCGUUCUAUCGUCGUUCCGCCCUUCCUUGACUCCAGCAGCUGCAGACUUUGACCUGGGCAGAAGUGGUUCAGCGUCGCCUCUUGAAAAUGAGCAGUCACACGCGAAGGAUCGGAACUCGGUUGCUUCUAUGAAGAGAACAGUUUCCGCAGCGCACAAGAACAGCCUCUCUACGUCUGCCACGGGAGCAGGGGGACGUCCGAUGGAAGCAGGACUGGAUAGCAGGACUCCGUCGGCUCUCACUGGCGCCGUAUCAUCUCCUUCGGAAGAGUGCGUUCGCCGGCCUGCAGCAGACAGUAAAGCACUGGACCGUGUGGCAGAUGGUAUAGCAGGGAUGACCGCUGCCGCUGGCAGAGACCAAGCGCCUGUUCAAGGAUCAGGAGGCGGGCGUGAUGCAACGGCGUUCAGCAGAGCAGAUGGAGAGUCAUUGCACAAUAAAGCGCUUAGUGUCUUGUCGGAAGAAAAAGCUGCAAGCGCAGUGGCUUCCUCGGCACACGGUUCCACAGAGUCUACAUCAGUCAGAGGCUCUAAGCCGGGAUCCACAAAGACCUCAGUGGAAAAAGGAACGACGGUCGGACAAGGUCGUUUAGAGCAGAGAGGAAGUCAUGCAAAUGAUAGCUAUACAGCAAUUCAGCCAGACUCAAUACCGGCUGAAGCUCUUGCAGCAAGGACGGCGCAAACGACUUCUUUAGGGUCAUCACAAAACGAGCUGCAUGAAACGCUCGGGAAGGCAACGGCCCUCGAUAGUGGGGUAUCGCCAAUGGAUGAAGGCCUCGUUUCCUCCGCGACGCCACCCCUAAAACCCCGUUCUGUGCCGCAAAAGGAUACCUCCAUGACGGAUGCAACAACCCUUCAGAAGAAAAUGAAGUCUAUUCCCAGGUUUUAUUUUCCAUGCGGCAAAGAUGCGGAAGAAAGGGAAAGCAAAGAACGCCAGACUAUUAUUGACUUUUUUCAGAGCCAUCGGGUGCAGAAGAAUGCGCAUGGAGUCAGUCGCGCCGAGAUCGCGGAGCUGGUCGCGGAAGCAAUUGGGCUCCCGUCGUACUUCGCAUCCAUUGUAUUCAAUGCUAUUCUGGAGUUGUUUCCUCAAGCAAGUGCUGAACGGACACGGCAAACUCCGGACGAUCAGCUGGACGUAUCUGCGCCACAGAACGAGGAAACUGCCAUGCGCGACGUCAUUCAACGAGAUAGCGGUGCCGGACAAGUCAGCAUUGCUAGUUCAGUGGACGCGACACCCUCCAGAAAUGAAACCGGCGGAACGAGCUCUGAUACCACGAUGGGGGAUGUUAACGAUAUGCAUACAGAUGGGCGGCGAGUGAAUGGAUUUCACGCCAGCUCCGGAGCCCAGGGCGACUCGACACCAACCGCUGAACCUGCCACCGCGGGCGAAGGCAACGCGGUAGGGGCAACGCAGGGUUGCACUGGUAACGAAACUAUCGAGGAAAAUCAGUUUACUGCGUACUACAACAAGAUUGCCGCAAACUCCUCAAGGGAAGCACGACUUUUUGCAGCAUUGCGAGAACCACAUGCAAAUCGAGAUUAUUUGAUCCCAAGUGACUUUAAGCCACUCUUGCGUGCAUUAUUGCUUUGCCAUCAGGGACUUGCGUUUCUGCACGCCACCCCAGAGUUUCAGCAGAGAUAUUCUGAAACGGUCAUUGAGAGAAUUUACUUCGGCUGCACGCGACAGCACAACGGAAGGCUGACUUUAACCGAUAUCAAGCGAUCGAAGCUGCUUGAAACCCUGAUACACGUCGAUGAAGAAGAAGACAUCAACCGAGAACGCAAAUACUUCAGCUACGAACAUUUUUAUGUUUUGUAUUGUCGUUUUUGGGAGCUGGAUGCCAACCAUGACCUGCAAAUUGAUAGGGAAGAUUUAAUGCGAUAUGGGAGUCACUCCCUCACGUAUCGCAUCGUUGACCGUAUCUUUGGUGGCUAUGCACGUCCUCUAGACUGCCCAGAGAAUCCUGGGUUCAUGUCUUACACAGAUUUCAUUUGGUUUUGCCUUAGCGAAGAGGACAAGACGAGUGAUACUGCAAUCGACUACUGGUUCCGUUGUGUUGAUAUGGACGGUGACGGACUCAUAACAAUGUAUGACAUGGAAUUUUUCUACACGGAGCAGCUGCACCGCAUGGAGUGCUUCGGUCACGAACCAGUCCAAAUACGAGAUAUUCUAUGCCAGUUGCUUGACAUGAUCAACCCCAACGUAAAACCCCCUGUAAUCAGAAGAAGGGACUUGAAAAAGUGCAAGCUUGCCGGCAACUUCUUCAACGUUCUCUUCAAUCUGAACAAAUUUUUCGCGAUUGAAGCAAGGGACCCCCUGCAGAUUCGACAAGAACACGCAACUCCAGAUUUGACGGAUUGGGAUAGAUUCGCAGCUUUGGAAUAUCUUCGUUUGAGUGCUGAGGAGGAAGGGGAAGAGGAUGAAUCUUGGGAAGAUGUCUGUGAGGCAGCCAAUCCGCUCAUGGCUGGAGAGGCUCCUUUCUGAGUAUGUCGAUUGCAGUUAUGACUUUGUCCAAGUAACGAACGCACAGAUGGGGGAAGAAACUUGGACCGAUACGACGAUGCCGCUACACAUUGGCGAUGUCGGCAGUCUUCGUUGCAUGUUCAGCAGUGCAUUAUGGGGACGAAUGGGCGACAUGUCGAGAAUCUUUUAGGUGCAGCGUAGCCGUUCGUGUAUUGUGAGAAAGGCUCACAUGCAACACUGAAGGAAUCCUUUAAUUAAUGGGACAUAGUCCCUGUAUCAAUUUAGACAUGCAGAUCACCCAGAGAAGGACUAUGUACAGAGCAGGAUAGCAUAUGGCCCUAGACUUCAGUAUGGAAAGUCUUGGCACCGACUGGAUUUCGAAAUGGGACAUCAUACCCGGCCAAAAGUACUGAAAGUUCUUGACCAGCUUGGGCUGGGUUUCUAAAAUGAAUAGCUGCAAGGAAACCCGCCGCUAUCGCGCCUUUGCAGUUUUGUUCGCUGUCGUCGAGAAAGACACAAUCCGACGGAGCGACGCCGGCGUUUUGUGCUGUUCUCCAGAAGGCGCUCUUGUCUGGUUUCCGGAUUCCUUCUUUCCCACUGAUAAAUGUCCAAUGAACACCAAAUCGAGUAGUGAGAUGCAGGGCAUCCUCUAUCAACUCUGCCCAAACAGGAUAAUUUGUGCAUAAGUGGACCUCUAUUUCGGCCUCUUGAAGUGCUUGCAAUAGGGCCGGAAUCCCUGGAAUGAGGGAAUAAGAUUCUUUCAGAUACUGUUUCAACUCAGGAACAUCGACAAAACGAUGAUCCUUGAAGAAAGUCCGUGCGAUUUCGUGUUCUGCGACUUGACCCUUUUCGAAUUGAUGCCAGAGGCCGGGAGUUUUGGCAUCGAGAAAGUCCUGGAAGGAAGGAAAGCCGAAGUAUGAGGACAUGCCGUUAAAGAAUGGGUCGGUGACGAGGGUGUCGAGGACAUCCGAGACCAGCACCGGCGCUGGCCUUGGCGAAACAGAGCAGGUCAUUUGAGUGCGCUGCGAGAUUCGAGUUCGGAAAGAAUACGCUGCUGCAAAUGCGGGCGGAAACAUCGUUAUUGCUCAAGAGUGUUUUCUGCAGCUCGGUAUACUCGUGAUGAAGGGGAAGAGCAAUGCUCAAGAUUUUUCAGUUCUGCCACGCCAGGCCUGCCUACUCGUAACGUAGUAUAACAUAACGACGAGUGUGAAACGACGACAUAAAAAUGAGCCUGGUGAACUGUGCGA